AUGAGCCAAGAUGCAAGGCUUAACAAUUACGAAGGUCACUUUCGCGGGGCAAAUAAUUAUGGCAAAUUUUGCAACCGCGAGGAGAGUCAAAAUAUGAUUCCACGUGUUAGUGGCAGAGGAGUACCAGGGGUUCACUAUGGUGGUAAUCGCGCGGUGAGGGAACAGGGGGAUGUCUGGUGUGGCGCGGAUGAAGGAGCUGUACAGAACGGACCCGGGCAAAAUAGGUCAGGACAAGGUAGGCAGACGCCCAAUUGGGCUUCUACACCAUGUGGACAUUCCCCCAAUUGGCCAAUGCAGAAUGGGGGUGCAUCCUACUGGCGCCAAAGAGGAAGUCCUCAUAAUAACCGCAUAGGAAGGCGCCCCUGGAACCAAGCCCCCGGAGCGCAAAGGCAACACUGGACAAGCAACAACCGUUGGAGAGACCACCACACAGAAGGUUGCCAACGUGAACAACCUGCGCACGGACCACUAACACCAGAUGGAAACUAUUUAAAAAAUUAUUUUUCCUCCUACGGGAAUGGUUACGCGGAGAACGGUAACGGCAACGGAAGUUGCGAAUAUCAAUACGGUGGCGCCCCCGAGCAGGCUUCCGAAAGGGAGAUCGCCCAUCCGCAUAAUGGCGGCAGGGGGGGACCCCCCCGCACCGUUCGUAGUAGUGCCCAUAGUAGGACAACUGUUCCUCCGCCACGUUCCGCCUAUGCGCAACGGAGGGCGAUGUACAAUAAUGGGUUCCCGCAAAUGGAUAGCAUAAACGGCGAUAACCAAGACAUGGAGGAUCCUUACCAGGCAAGCACCAACGUGGUGGACAAUGCGAACAGAGAAGACGAUAACCACUGGAUGAAGCACACAAUGGAAAACUCCUACGAGAGUAUAAAUUUCCCUCAUGGGGAAAUCCCACAGAUGGGAGGUUCUUAUAACUUCCGGCAAAGCAACAACGGUGUGGGAUUUCCUCCGACGAGCUCGUUUGUAGCCCCACUGCACAGCAACCGUGCAGUGAGGGGGAUGACUCAUUGGAAAAAAUCGCCGGAAGAAAGAUAUGCACAACAUUGCUCAUCAGUUAAGAAGCAUGGUGGGAAAAAAAGACAAAAAAUGGAUUUCUUCUCAAAUGUUAGUGAGUUAAAACAAAUGGAAACAAAUCCGAAGGAGAGAAACAAAACGGAUGAAAAUGAUCAUGAUGAUCGUGAUGGAGGUGAUGAUGAUGAGGACGAGGAUGGGGAUGGAGUUGGCCCCAAAGGAAUAAACCUCCAGAUGAAAAAAAGUAAAGAAAAUGGUAAAUUCAUUUUUUGCCACUAUUGUGAUGUAAACAUCGAAGCAGAGAAAAUGGAGGAACACAAACAAAGUGAGCACAUAAAAUGCCCCAUAGAUAACUGCGUGCAAAUUUACAGCAUUGAUGAUUUGGAUGUGCACCUACUAAACCAUAUAAAGAAUGAUAACGAUGAAGUGAUCCUGAAUGACUCCAAAGAAAUUGAAAAAUGGAUCCAGGAGAGAAAAAAAAAUUAUCCAACGAGAGAAAAAAUAGCCAUAAAUAUGAAAAAUCAUGAAAAUGGAAAAAAAAAAAAAAAAAAAAAAACCAAAUUGUCUAAUUGA